AUGCCUCACAUAGCAUUACUGGGAACUUGCGAUACAAAACUCGAAGAGCUGUUGUAUUUGCGUUCCCAGAUUCUCGAGCAAGGCAGUUCAACCAGAAUCACAUUUGUCGAUGUCGGAAGAUCACCUACAAAACACGAAGCUAUCACUAUUACCCAAGAUACCUUGACAUCAAAAUACCAGCCCACAGAAAAUCAGCAUGUAGCAAGUCUCUCAAGAGGAGACGUGAUCAAAUAUAUGAUCACAUGUGCAUCCAACUGGCUUCGCGAAGCAUAUGAACGAGGCCUCGACGAUCCCAAGCAAGCUAUUCACGGUAUCGUCAGCGCUGGAGGCACAGGCGGAACUUCUCUCGCAGCAGGCGUCAUGCGCGAAAAUCUCCCAAUCGGUCUCCCCAAACUCAUCGUCAGCACUGCUGCAUCAGGCGACACAGGUCCCAUUGUCGGCGAAAGCGAUAUCACUCUCACCUACUCCGUCGUCGACAUUGCAGGCACAAACUCCCUCCUCAAACGCAUAUUAUCCAACGCCGCUGGUUCAAUACAUGGCAUGGCAUUAGCAUACCAAAAAUCACUCCCUCCAUACUCCACACCAACAGCAAAUUCCAGAAAUGCAAAACUCCGCGUCGGCCUCACCAUGUUCGGCGUAACAACCCCCUGCGUCGACAAAAUCCGCUCCUACCUCGAAUCCACCCAUCCCAUCGAAUGCUUUGUCUUCCACUGUACCGGCCACGGCGGCAAAGCGAUGGAACGCCUCAUCGCACAAGGAGACCUUGACGCAGUUCUCGACAUCACCACAACAGAGAUCUGCGAUCACUUAGCCGGAGGUGUAAUGAGCGCUGGACCUCAUCGUCUCGAAGCAGCACUAAAAGCCGGAAUUCCGUAUGUGAUUUCGUUAGGAGCGACGGAUAUGGUGAAUUUUGGGCCAAAAGCGACUGUUCCGGAGAGGUAUGCGGAUAGGUUGUUGUAUGAGCAUAAUCCGACUGUGACGUUGAUGCGGACGAGUGGGGAGGAGUGUAGAGCGAUUGGGGAGUUUGUUGUGGAGAAGGUGAAAGGAUUUGCGAGGAAGAAGGAGAAUGUUAAGGUUGUGUUGCCAUUGGGAGGUGUGAGUAUGAUUGCUACGCCUGGAGGACCUUUCUACGAUGAGGAAGCUGAUAAGGCGAUAUUCGGCGCUGUGAGGGAGGGCUUCGAAGAAAGUGGGGUGGAAGUCGUGGAGGAUGAAAGAGCUAUCAACGACGAAGGAUUCGCGGUUGAUAUUGCCAAGAGACUGGUUGGACUGAUGCAGUUGUGAGGAUUUGUUGUUGAUGCUGUAUGUCCGGGCCGGAGCUUGUGAAACUUGGAGAGGAAAGCCAC